GAAAAAAAACCAAGUUUGCUUAUCAUCAAUAAAUACCCUUUUUUAACAGGCUGUAAUCUAGUUUUUUGAUUUUUUUUUCUUACUACUCUAGAAAUCAUCAGAUAGCAAUAUUUGUAGUUUUGACAAGAAAAUAAACAAUACUUUAGUUAUCAUACCCUAUGACGACUUUAUUAAAAGUGGUUUAUGUCAAAAUAUUCCUUGGAGCUAUAGAAUUUUUUUUUUUUUUUUUUGAAUGGCUUGAAGAAUUCAAGGAAGUAUUCCAUUCAUCACUUUCAAGUAUACACUUAUACAUAUAUAAUAAUUUCAAAAAUGUUGUAACUGUGAGCAUUUCUGAAAGAAAAAAGUAUGUAUAUAGUGGAUUAUCUCUUUUAAGCUACAAGACAUCAUUAAUUAUACUAAAUCAUGCAUUUAUUUCAAAAGGUAAAAGAUUUAAUAACAGUAGAUCUGCCACCAAAAUAAAAACUAGAUUGUUCAUUAAGAAUAUACAGAGAUUUAGCGAAAUGUUCCAUGCACCAGCUUUGCUUUAUCAUAAAUUAUGGUUGUCACAAGAUUUAAAGUUUCCUUUAGAAAAAAAGGUGGUAAACAGUGUAGUUAGUAAUAAUAUACAAAACAAAGAUGAAUUCAGCAGAGUGAUGUCCUAACAAAACAGUCUAUUAAGUAUGAAUUUAAAAAAACAUAUGACUAUUGAUGGUUAUCCAGAAGACAAUAAUAUUAUGUCAAGCGAUCAUACUGAUAUUAGUAUACAAAAAUUUAAUGAGAAGUCUAAAAAAAA